AUGGACAAGUGGGUUGGGCGGGUGCAGGCGGUCUCAAACAGCGUGGCUGCUGUGGAUGUUUCUGUUGGGGAUGUUGUGAAGGCGCUUUUAGCCGUCGCGGAGCAGUACGCGACCGACAUGUCUCCGGUGGAGGCGAUGGGUAGAGCCAUCAGUCAGGGCGUCGCAAACGCCUCCGCGACCCUUGUUAGUUGCCUCACAGAUCUUGCCACAAUGAGCGAGGCGAUGAAAGACGCCAUGAACGCAAACCCAAAAGAGGCGCAUAGUCUGAUGAUGAAUCUUUUUAAUGUUUUUGUCAAACAGCUCACAGUCUACUACAAGGAGAAUUAUGAGGCUUUCAAGAAGGCAGAGGUGACGCUGCGCCAGCAGAGGGCUCUAUUUUCGAGUCAAAAAAGUGAGAUGGAGACAAACAACGACAAUACGAGCGAUUUCACGCUUCUUCCAGCAGAAGAACCAUCACCUUUUAAUGUUUCCCUUGUGGCGUUUAAUACCCCUAAAGAGGCGAAGAGGAAAUCCACCGAUGGUAAAAAGAAAAAGACACGUGAUUCCAGUAAAGAUACCUCCGUGGUCCUUACUAGUGAACAGCAUAGCGAAAAGCAACAAGGGAAGCCGGCGAAAGGUGAGGGGGGCGGAACGAACGUAUGCGUUGAUGCACCUUCAACAAACGUCACCGAAAAAAAUGAAACGGUACAGCAGGGGAAUGAGGGAGAUAGUCCAAGUAAAGUGAAGUCUUUUUCAACGGAGCCGGUGGUAACUGUGAAGGAGCCUAUAUAUCUCCACGUGGCCUCAACGGUCGAGGAUGCACUUGGACGUCUGGUGUUGUCUAGCAGACCAAAUGUUUUUACCGCACCAGAAGUGGUUGAGAAUCGGGCUCCCAUAGCUACGUACUACAUUAAACUUCCAGCACCAGGAUCAAUGGGGCCGCUUCUACUCUCAAAUUAUAUUGCGUUAGGGGAUGAUAUGCAGGCAGACUUGAUGUGUGACAUUCUUCAGUCCGAUUGUGUGGAAGUGGUACCAUUUGAGUCGCCUGCCGGGGAAAUCAUCGUGGAGGAUCCAUCAGACCUUCACGAAUUGCCCGCUUGUGGUUGGCGUGUAGGCUCCAGCGAGGACCAUCGGCAAGCGUUUUAUACUCUUUAUAUUUUAGUAACUCGUGGAGAAAAAAUGACACCUUCACUCCUGAUUCAGGAAUCCCUUCUGGUUGAUUCGGAGUCGCAAGAGGUCAUGCACGAAAUUACUGCAGUUCCAGAUGCACCACAAAUUGCCAAAGUUACAGUGCGAGGUUUUGGCCCAGCGCCAGCGCGGAGCGCCUCACCAACAAAAAGAUACACUAGCGAUCGUCUGUUGGCUAUUGUAAAUAUUACAAAAAGCACAUACGAAAGGAAUGGUUUUGUAGAGAUAAAAAAGGAAGAAUUGCGUGCAUUGGUGCAGCAAAUGCACGCGCAUGAGCUACAGCUGCUGCGAGAAGAAGAACUACUGACAAGGCCGAAUAGCAAUUUAACGACGGCAGCGGCAGCGUUUCAAGGCACGGUUGAGUUGGCGUCCCUUGAACAACCUGGAGAGCAGCAGGGAUGGGGUUUGACUGACGUGGCAAAAGGGGCCGUGCGGGGAGCCGCUGCUGUUGUGUUGGCCCCUGUUUCUGUGGGUAAAGUUGUUGGGAACGCCGUGCUUGACGCGUCGGGUGUAACAGGUGCCAUUAAGCAGCAGAAGGAGGUUCUUUUUCGAAAGUCUUUUCCAAACCUUUCUUCUGAGGAGAUAAUUGAAACGUUUAGUUGUGCCCUCGUAGACGAUGGCAACCCGAUCCCAAAGCAAGGCUUUGUUUUUAUCACCCCACGCUGGCUUUGCUUCCAGGCCGGUCUCUUAAGCGCAAACUUUAGCUUGGAGUGGGAUGAAAUUAGAGAUAUUCAAAAACAGCGAACUGUCAAGGUACUGGAAAACGCCAUUGCUAUACAAACACACUUAGGUGGGACGUACUUCUUAACAUCCUUUGUCCAGCGAGAUCAAGCCUAUGCUGACAUGAUGAAACAAUGGCUAAGAAGGUAA